AUGGCUAUGCGACAUUCGCGAUUAACAGUAUUUACCGGCGCCAUGACCGCACUUGCACUGAUGACGGUAUUGUCAGCUUGUCUUGGAUGGGUAACGCAACUUAUCCCUCGCCAAGUAACAUAUUAUGUCUCCACAGCGCUUUUUGCCUUGUUUGGACUCAAAAUGCUUCACGAAGGCUACCAC